UUUCAGAACGCCAGUCGUAAGGAACGACUUUCCACCAGUAUGUCAAAUUUCUACUCCCUACAGUCAGGCCCCAUAUUUCCUACCACAUACUCCAGCAACUCCAUUUCAAAAUCAAGUUGGCUUACAGGUUCCAGCUCCUAUACCUUCACAUGAAUGUCUUGCCAUCAAAGGAAAAGUUUAUACAAUACUGAAGCAAAUAGGUAGUGGAGGCUCAAGUAAGGUGUUUCAAGUACUGAAUGAAAAGAAGCAGCUGUAUGCUGUCAAAUAUGUGAAUCUAGAGGAAGCUGAUCAACAGACUGUUGAGAGCUAUAAGAAUGAAAUUGCUCAUUUGAGUAAACUGCAGCAACAUAGUGAUAAAAUCAUCCGCCUUUAUUGCUAUGAAAUCACUGAUCAUCAUAUCUACAUGGUAAUGGAGUGUGGAAAUAUUGAUCUCAAUAGCUGGCUCAAAAAGAAAAAAAACAUCGAUCCAUUGGAACGAAAGAGCUAUUGGAAAAAUAUGCUGGAAGCUGUUCACACAAUCCAUGAAUAUGGCAUUAUUCACAGUGAUCUGAAACCAGCAAACUUUCUGAUAGUUGAUGGAAUGUUAAAACUAAUUGACUUUGGCAUUGCAAACCAAAUGCAGCCAGAUGUGACAAGCAUCAUUAAAGAUUCUCAGGUUGGCACAAUGAAUUAUAUGCCACCAGAAGCAAUAAAAGAUAUGUCUUCCUAUGGAGAAAACGGGAAAUCUCGAUCUAAGAUAAGCCCCAAAAGUGAUGUGUGGUCAUUGGGAUGCAUUUUGUACUGUAUGACAUAUGGAAGGACUCCAUUUCAACAUAUAACAAAUCCAAUUAAUAAACUGCACGCUAUCGUUGAUCCUAGUUAUGAAAUAGAGUUUCCAGAUAUUGCUGAGAAGGAUCUUCAAGAUGUGCUAAAGCGCUGUUUGAUAAGAAAUCCUAAACAAAGAAUAUCUGUUUCGGAGUUACUGAUACAUCCCUAUGUUCAAAUUCAAAGUCAUUGUCAAACAGGUGUUCAAAAUGCAAAAGGAACAACAGAGGAAAUGAAGCGUAUCCUCGGCCAGCUUGUUGGCUUGAAUUCUCCCAACUCUAUUUCUAGAGCUGCUAGGACUUUAUAUGAACAGUGCAACAGUGGUAAAAGUCUUGAUGUAUCAGCAUUUGCAAAACUUGGGAGUCAAAAAUCAUGGACCACAAAAUGA